CACUAUUCCAAAUAGAGUUAAUUUUGCAAAGCAUCUUAUAUGUAGCAAAAUUUGUACUUUGAUUUGGGGAAAUCGUCGGGAAAAUCCCAGUUCUAAAUGGAGUGCAAUUAUUUACCGAAAUCGGAAACCACGUGCAUGUGUCUGCCGAAUAAAGAAAGGUCAUGUUGCGGUGAUAAUUCUAGCCAUGGACCUCUUAUCAAAAUACUGUUAUUUGUUGUCAUAAUUUUAUCACUAGCUGUCACCUAUUUGUUCAUUCAAACUCAUCAACUAAAUGAUGCGCUGCACAAGCUGCAAAUGCAAGAUGCAUCGAUGCAAAAUGGUCAACAUCAUAAUGUUCAAAUUCAGGAAUUCAUUAAAACUUUGGAGCAAAGCACACCCGACAUCUACAUGAACUUUGAACAGAAAAGAGAAAAAAGAAACGGUCGAUGGAAAACCCAAGUCAGGGAAGAAAUCGGCAUAAUGAAAGAACAUAUUAGUAACAUAGUUAACAUCACCAUCCCAAAUUUGGAAGCUGGAAUAAUGAAGAAAGUGGUUCAUUUGGGAAUGUCUAGGGAUAUGACACAAGAUAUCCUGCAUGCUCCGGUUAAUAAUAUAGACGUCUGUCGUGGUGGCAAACACUGUCUUCGAUGGAGUAAUCCCGAAUCCACUUAUUCACGUACGUUUGAUUACCCAAGAGACAAUGCGUAUGACAUGCCUGUUGCUAUCAAAGUUCGCAGUCCUGGGAUCUAUUUUGUUUAUGCACAAGUCGCCGUCAAUGGACCACAGCAAGGAUACGAACCAUCAGUCGGCUUUGAGGCAGUUCUGGUCCGUGGUACUGUAAAUAAGACCUUGACAAAGAGUUACAUUACACAGGAUGAUAGGGGACAGGUGUAUCAUGGUGCAGGUCACGGAGAGCAUCCUUUUGAUACAAUAAAUCUGAUGGGGACAUUCAAGCUUUUGUGUGACGACUACAUAGUAAUCAGGCCUAUUGGGGACCCAAAAUUGGUGUACACAAACACCGAGGCCUCCUAUUUUGGUGUGGUCCAGAUAAAUCCAGCGCGCUCAUUGUUGCAUGGUGACUAUAGCUGUAACCCCCAAGAAUAAUAACUCUUGCAAGUACUUCAAACUAAAUUCAGACAGAUAUCAGUUGUUUCCCUUUAACGUUGGAAUGAACCAAUCAUAUUUUUGUUCCUUAAUUUUAGAUAUGUCAACUAAAGAUAAAUUUUGUAAUUUCCUUGAUCCAUAUCUUGUUGACAUUUUGUAAAUAGAUUUUAAAUAUUCGUAUUCUUAGUGGUACUGGCAGUUCAAUGCACAAAGAUUAUAUAAACUACCGUGAUAUGUAUAUAGAUGUAUCAUGAAGUUGGUAUAGGCUGUAACAGGUGUCACCAACGCCUGAUAUGUUAACUCUUUGAAUUUUAUUCCAUGUAAUUCUGAAUUAUCGAGUUUUAGGUGGUGGGAAAGGAUACUGGUCGAUCUGAGGUUCGUAAUUUAUUAUUCUCUAUUAGAUUAUUUUGAUAUCAAAAUGUAAAUAUGUAAUGGUGUCGUUACGUAAAUACAUAUAUAUUUUAUCAAAGCGUCUUUCUGUAUAUAACAUCAAUAAUUGUGCACGUUGUUGUGUAAAUUAUUGGUGGCUGGUAUGGAAACGGGUUAGAGAUUGUAUAUUUAUAUAGAAUUUGUGUAUAACUGUGUAUUAUAAUUAUAAUCUUUGUGUAUUAUAAUUAUUACAAGUAUGGCAUCCUGUUUCAUGAAGGUGAUUUACAAAACAUUAAGCAUAUAUUACUGUUAAUAAUUCUCUUGCCUUUUAUAUAUUAUCUGUUGAGUUUCCUGUUGAAUAAAUAUUGUU